UCGCAACUUCCCACUAACUCAAACCCCUCCAAAUCCAUUCACCCACCACAACAAACCACUCACUCUCCACCGGCCAUGGCUCUAGAGACUCUCUUAGUCAAGGUCAAAACCGCCAUUCCACCCAAGCUACUCAAGAAAAAACAAUCAUUCAAGUCCAAGCACCAAAACGUUGGCGUUUUGGCCUUCGAGGUCGCCGGAACCAUCUCGAAGCUUCUCCAUCUCUGGCACUCUCUCUCCGACGCUGCGGUCCUACGCCUCCGAAACGACACCGUCGCUGCGCUCGACGGCGUCAGGAAGAUCGUCUCCGACGACGAGUCGUUCCUCCUCGGACUCGCCUGCGCUGAGUUUGCGGAGUCUCUCCGCAUCGCCGCCGAGUCAGUGGCCCGACUCGCAGACCGGUGCUGCGAUCCGGAGCUCCGCGAAUUCCGGCCGGCUUUUCGCGAGUUCGCGGAUUCAGGCCUCGACCCGAACGGAUGGGCCCAAUCAGGCCCAAAAGAGACCGAAGCGAAGAUCAAGAAAUUGGAGCGUUACGUGGCUUUCACGGCAACACUCUACCGCGAAAUGGAAGAGCUUUUGGCUUUGGAGAAUGGGCUGAAGAAAUUCUUAUUGAAUCACAGCAACAACAACAACGAAGGUUCUUUUGUUUUAGGUUUGAAGGAUCAGCAGAAAGUUUACGACACUCAGCAGAAGAUUUUCUGGCAUAAACAAGAGGUGAAGGAUCUAAAGGAAAGAUCUUUGUGGAGCAGAAACUUCGACAGCGUUGUUUCUUUGAUGGUUAGGUUUUGCUUCAUUGUUCUUGCAAGAGUUAAGGUUGUGUUUGGAGUUGGUCAAACAGUACCACCUUUGUCUCGUAGCUUAUCAGGUUACGCCACUGUUCACCCCUCAGAUCAUCAUCAUCAUCACCAAAACCCUAGUACUCCUUGUGACGAUUCAGAUUCUGGGUCAUCAGAAAGUUCCAAACUUGAAGAGAAAGAAGAGAGUAAAAUGGGAAGUAGUAAUAAUAGUAUGUGUUUGUUUUUAGUAUCAUAUUGUAAGCUCUUGAAGCCAGAACCUAACACUUUGGGUUCUCAGGGUUUAGCCUUGCACUAUGCAAAUUUGAUCAUAGUUAUGGAAAAGAUGAUCAAAUCUCCGCAUCUAGUUGGUGCUGAUGCAAGGGAUGAUUUGUAUAGCAUGUUGCCUAAUAGCAUAAGGUGUGCUUUGAGGGCAAGGUUGAAGGGUAGCGCUGGCUUUUGCGCGAGCGAUCCGGCGCUGGCCUGCGAGUGGAGGGAUGCUUUAGGGAGGAUAUUGGGGUGGCUUUCGCCGUUGGCACAUAACAUGAUCAGGUGGCAAAGUGAGAGGAGCUUUGAGCAGCAUAACUUGGUGCCAAAGACCAAUGUGUUGCUGUUGCAAACAUUGUUUUUUGCAGAUAAGGAGAAAACUGAGGCUGCCAUAACUGAGUUGCUUGUUGGGUUGAAUUAUAUUUGGAAGUUUGAGAGGGAAAUGACUGCUAAGGCCUUGUUUGAAUCUGCUAGUUUCAAUGGCGGCUUCUUAAAAUUGCAGAAACUCAGUCCAUAAAAUGAUCAGUUAUUAGCAUUAUAUAAGUGGAUUGAGUUUUGUGAGAAUCUUGUCCGCAAGGUUGAAGAUUCAAAUCCGAUCGGAGGAGGAAGAACUAUAGUUUAUUACUUCAUCUUCUGCAAGCAUAGAUUUCUCUAUCUAACCAGUACAAUGUAC